AUGGAUCCUAAUCAUUUUCAUUAUCAACAAGCUAUGUUCAAUUUCAUGCAAAAUUAUCAAAAUCCUAAUCCUCAAAAUUCUCAAAUUCCACCGAUGCCACCAUUUUCUACUCAAGUUCCACCAUUUUCUACUCAAGUUGGUACUGAAAAAGAAGAAAGGGUUGUUGUUAAAAAAAAAUCUCGAGAGCAAUUUGCAAGGGAUGAGGAUAUACUACUUAUCCAAUCAUGGCUCAAUGUUUCAAAGGAUCCAAUUGUGGGAGUUGAUCAAAAGGCUGAGAGUUUUUGGGUAAGAGUCGCUGCCAAUUAUAACCAGUAUCAUGGGGAAUCGCGGGAAAAGUUAAAGGGACAAUUAAAAUGUCGAUGGCAUCGAAUAAAUGGCUUGGUUCAAAAAUUUGUUGGGUGUUACAAACAAGCUGUUAAUGGAAAGAAAAGUGGGACAUCGGAGAACGAUGUCAUGGCCGCUGCAAAUGCAUUUUUUGCUCAGGAUCAAGGUACAACAUUCAACCUUGAGUACGCAUGGAGAUUGUUAAAAGAUGAACCUAAAUGGAUGGGAGAAUCGAUUGAAAGUUCUUCAAAAAUAACAAAGACUUAUGCUAGUGAGGCAUCAUCGGAGAACCCAAAUACACCUUCAAGUUAUGAGUUUAACUCAUCAUCACCAAUGGAGCGUCCAAUGGGACAAAAAGCAGCAAAAAGGAAGGGUAAGGCAAAGGAAAUUCCAAAUGAAACGCAAGAUGCAAGGAAUAAAAGAGCAAUGUUAAUGGAAAGACUAGCGCAAAGUAAGGAGGACGAGAUAGAAUUAAAGGUAGUGCAACUAAUGAUGAAAGACACUUCUACUAUGAGCGAUAGUCAACGAGAUAUUCAUGAAAAAUAUUGUAAUAAGAUGAAAAAAAAUAUGGAAUGUAGUUAG